AUGGCAGCUGUCGACACCCUCCUCAAGGACGUGGCCAUCCUCGGCCCUCUGAACGACCAGACCCGCAAGAUCCUCACCAAGGAAGCCACCGCGUUUCUCGCCCUGCUGCAACGCACUUUCAAUCCAACCAGAAAAGCUCUCCUCCAGCGACGCAUUGACCGUCAAGCAGAGCUCGACCGGGGCACUCUCUUAGACUUCCUCCCAGAGACCAAGCAUAUCCGUGAUAAUGAUGCGUGGAAGGGAGCCCCGCCCGCGCCGGGCCUGGUUGACCGCCGGGUGGAAAUCACCGGCCCAACGGACAGGAAAAUGGUGGUUAAUGCGUUGAAUUCGGAUGUGUAUACUUACAUGGCUGAUUUUGAGGACUCAAGUGCUCCCACUUGGGAGAACAUGGUCAAUGGCCAGGUUAACCUGUACGAUGCCAUCCGCAGACAGGUUGAUUUCAAGCAAGGCGGGAAGGAAUACAAGCUGCGCACCGACAGGAAGCUCCCCACCCUCAUUGCCCGCGCGAGAGGCUGGCACCUUGAGGAGAAGCAUAUGACCGUCGAUGGCGAUCCCAUGUCCGCUAGUCUUUUCGAUUUCGGCCUCUAUUUCUUCCACAAUGCAAAGGAGUUGGUCAGCCGAGGUGCUGGGCCUUACUUCUAUCUCCCCAAGAUGGAAUCCCACCUCGAGGCUCGUUUGUGGAAUGAUGUUUUCAAUCUUGCUCAGGAUUACAUUGGCAUGCCUCGCGGGACUAUCCGCGCUACCGUUUUGAUUGAGACUAUCUCUGCUGCCUUUGAGAUGGAUGAGAUCAUCUACGAGCUCAGAGACCACAGCUCUGGCUUGAACUGCGGUCGAUGGGAUUACAUCUUCUCCUUUAUCAAGAAGUUCAGACAGAACCCCAAUUUCGUCCUCCCAGACCGCUCAGCUGUCACCAUGACUGUUCCAUUCAUGGAUGCCUACGUCAAGCUCCUCAUCAAGACCUGCCACCGGAGAGGCGUUCACGCUAUGGGUGGUAUGGCCGCUCAAAUCCCCAUCAAAGACAACCCCAAGGCCAACGACGCGGCCAUGGCCAGCGUGCGGGCCGACAAGCUCCGUGAGGUGCGUGCGGGCCACGACGGAACCUGGGUCGCCCAUCCCGCAUUGGCCAAGAUUGCCACAGACGUCUUCGACCAAUACAUGCCCACCCCGAACCAGCUGUUCGUCCGCAGGGAGGAUGUGCACAUCACCGCCAACGACCUCUUGAAUACCAACGUCCCCGGCAGCAUCACUGAAGAUGGCAUCCGGAAGAACUUGAACAUCGGAUUGUCCUACAUGGAGGGCUGGCUCCGUGGAAUCGGAUGUAUCCCCAUCAACUAUCUCAUGGAAGAUGCCGCCACUGCCGAAGUAAGCCGCAGCCAGCUCUGGCAAUGGGCCAGACACAACGUCACCACUGCGGAGGGCAAGCGAGUCGACAAGAGCUAUGCACUCAAGCUGCUGCAAGAGCAGGCCGACGAGCUCGCAAACAAGGGCCCCAAGGGCAACAAGUUUCAACUUGCCGCUCGCUAUUUUGCCGGUCAAGUUUCUGGCGAGGAUUAUGCUGAUUUCUUGACAUCGCUACUCUACAACGAAAUCUCCGCCCCCGGCAGCGCUGCCAAGUUGUAA